UAAUAAAAAAUUUACAUAUUAUUAAUAUUUAAAAUAAUUAUAACAUAAUAAUAGUUAAAACAUGUUUUACUUAUCAUCAUUAAAUUUAUAUAAAAAUUUUGUCAAAGAAUCGGAUGUUAAAAAUAAAAAAAAUAUAGAUGAUGAUAAAAAAAUGAUUAGUCAGAGUAGAUUAUUUAAAAAUAAAAGUAUGAGUGGUGAAGAGAUAAAAAAAUUUUAUGAUGAUACAAUAAACAAAAUAAGUGAAAGAAAUUCAAAUAAUUGUGAUAAAAAAAAAAUUAAAAAAAUAAUAAAUAUACAAUCUGAUAAUAAAGUAAUUUUAAAUAAUAAUAAUAUAAAUUUAAUUGAAAUUGAUAAAAAUAAAAUUUUAAAAGCUGUUGAACAAGGUGACAUAAAUUAUUUAAUAAAAUACUUAAAUAAAGAAAAUGUAAAUAAUAUUUUUGAUAAUUAUGGAUGGACACCAUUAAUGUCUGCAGCUUACUGUGGAAAUAAAUUAAUAGUUGAAUUUUUAUUAAAAUUAAAUGCUAAUAAAGAAUAUAAAAAUAAAUGUGGUUUAACAGCUUUGAAAUUAGCAAAAAAGAAAAAUUUAAAUAAUAUUAUUGUGUUAUUAGAAAAUGAUAGAGAAUUUUUAUCGAAAAAUUUGAAUAUUAAUGAUAAUGAUUCUAGUUGUUAUUUUUAUUGUAAAAUUUGUAAUAAGAACUAUAAAGAGACAACAGUAAAACAACAUGAGGCCUCAAUAAUUCAUAAUUUAAACAAAAAUUUCGAAUUACCUACAGCAUUUUAUGGUUAUGGAUUAUCAAAACAAAACAAAGGCUAUCAAAUAAUGUUAAAUAGUGGAUGGGAUGAUAGAAAAGGAUUAGGGCCAACUGGUACUGGUUUUAAAUAUCCUGUGAAAACAAUUUUAAAAAGAGAUCGUAAAGGUUUAGCAUUUAUUAUGAAGGAACAAAAAGAAAUGUUGGAGUAUCUUGAAAAAGUGGAAAGUAAAGCUGGAGAAAUAUUGACUGAUAGACAAGAAAUAGUAUCAUUAGAUAAAAGAAGAAAUGAUGAUAGAAUUGGCAUGCGGGAAUUACAAAAACAAAAAACCGAUAAAUGUUGGUUAACACUGGGACCUAUUUUAAUUAAAAUUCAAACUAAAAAAGCUCAACAAUUACUUGCACAAGAUCAAAAUGAAUGUGAUGUUGCAAUAAAUAAAUUACGAAGUGAUUUGAGAGUUAAAGUUAAUCAACUUCGUGAUUUGGAGCAUACCACACCAGUACCAGGAUUAAUGCUAAAACCAUUAUCUCAUACAGAAAUGUCAGUUAUUAACAAACUAUGUGGUAAAGAUUAAUUUAAAAUCAAUAAUAAAAAAAUUUGAAAAAAAAUAAAUAAUUAAAAAAAAUCUACUUACAAAUAAUUAAGAUAGAAUAUAAAUAUGGUGAUAUCAAUAAACUAUUAUUUUGACAUAUAA